UCUAGUCGAGACUGCUAGCGCGAUUGUUGUUCGCUGGAUUUGUGUCUGUGAUACCACAAUGAUUAAGGUACUAUAAAAUGACCGAUUUAAUUGUAACCGCAAAACGAGGCAGUGGAUUUGUUUUGCAAUAAAACGUUGCACAACUGUGAUCCUAAUAGUUAAAACUUCGUUUUCGCACAAUACUGAGAAUGGAUUCUAGUAAGAAGUACGAAAAUAUUUCGCCGGAAGUGUCCACGAAUUUUCUUUCAAAGUUGUUUUUCUGUUGGAUUCUGCCAUUUUUCAAACACGGGUACCAAAAUGACUUAAAAAUUAAGGAUAUAUACAACACGACAGACAGUGACCUCUCGGGGCCUUUAGGUGAUGCACUGGAAAGGAACUGGCAGAAAGAGCUGGAUAGGGUUAAAGGUACAAAACAGAAACCAAGUUUCAAAAGGGCUAUAUUUAGGACAUUCGCAAAGUCGUAUUCUAUAUAUGGGAUUUACUUAUUCAUAUUUGUUGUUGUUUUAAGAUCUUUGCAACCUAUAAUAUUGUCCGAAUACAUUCAGUAUUACGAAUCUCCUGCCAAAGAUAGAAGGCAAGAAGAUGGGUGGCUUUUGGCUGGAGGAGUACUCCUUAUCACUUUUUUGAACAUACUUAUCUUCCACCAUUCUUCCUGGGGUUGUCAGAGAAUAGGGAUGAGGGUUAGAAUUGCAUGCUGCUCGCUUGUUUAUAGGAAAUUACUGAAAUUAAGCCAGGCAUCUCUAGGACAGACGGCUGCCGGUCAACUGGUCAAUCUCCUUUCCAAUGACGUCCAGAGAUUUGACCAAGCUUCAAUUUACCUUCAUUAUAUUUGGUUGAUGCCCCUCCAGUGUGCCGCAGGGUUCUACGUGAUGUACCGCAGCGUCGGAGUAGCAGCUUUUGCUGGAAUGACCGCUAUGGUGUUGGAGGCCAUACCCUUGCAGGGUUAUCUUUCAAACUUGCAAGGAAAACUGAGGUUUAAAAUUGCUCAAAGGACUGACCACCGGGUAAAGUUGAUGAGUGAAAUUGUAUCUGGUAUUCAAGUCAUAAAGAUGUAUGCCUGGGAAAAAUCUUUUGAGAAAGUUGUAGAGCUGGCCAGGAAAGUGGAAGUGGACGUCAUCAAAGUAGCAUCAUACCUAAGAGGACUUUACUUAGGCUUAACAGUAUUCACAGAUAGGUUGUGCCUCUACUUAACUUUAAUAACUUACGUAUUACUAGGAAAUAGAUUAACAGGGAACAUAGUAUUCUCUUUGGCACAACUUUUCAAUACCAUACAACUCUUUAUGGCCAUAUAUUUCCCAACAGCAUUGUCUUUCUAUGCUGAAGCUGAAGUAUCUAUCAAUAGACUGGAAGAGUUCCUGCUCUUGGAAGAAAAGGCAGAAAGCACUGGUAUCGAUGAGAAUUAUAAGGGGGAAAAUGGAGGAACUGUUACAUUUACAAAGGCUAAUGCGACUUGGUUGGCAAAUCCCAUAGCGGACACUUUGAUUGAUAUCAACUUGGAGAUCAAGCCAGGAACACUUUGUUGCGUUGUCGGUAACGUCGGUGCUGGUAAGACAACUCUUUUGCAAACAAUACUAAAAGAGUUGCCUUUAACUAGAGGGAAAAUAGAGGUUACUGGUACUGUUUCAUAUGCCUCUCAGGAACCUUGGUUGUUUGUCUCAACGGUUAGGAAUAACAUCCUUUUUGGAAAUCCAUAUUUAAAAGAUAGAUACAGAGAGGUAGUGAGAGUAUGUGCUUUGCAGAAAGAUUUUGAGCAGUUUCCCCAAGGGGAUAGGACGUUAGUGGGUGAACGUGGUGUAUCUUUAAGUGGCGGUCAACGAGCUAGGAUCAAUUUGGCUAGGGCUGUUUAUACGGAGGCAGACAUAUAUCUUUUUGACGAUCCACUGUCAGCUGUAGAUACCCAUGUGGGCAAUCACUUAUUUGAGGAAUGUAUAAUGACGUACUUAAAAAACAAGACGAGGAUUCUCGUUACUCAUCAGCUGCAAUUUCUGAAAAAGGCUGACUUGAUUAUAGUUAUGAAUAACGGAAAGACUGAUUUAAUUGGAACAUUUAACGACUUAACAGAAAGCAAACUACACGAUUUACAAUCACCAUAUGAAGAAAAAGAGCACGUGAAGGACUAUGUAAAAUUAGAAAAACUGCAAUCCAUAAAUUCCUAUGCUAGUUCCAUUUUCAACCUAGAAGAGGAACCAACGGAAACACAAGAAUUAAUAGAAAAAGGCAUUAUUCCGACUUCAACGUAUACAGACUACUGCCGCAGUGGCGCUAGUACACUUGUCUUGCUGUUUACCGCCGUAUUUUUAAUUGUUUCUCAGAUGUCUGCCAAUGCAUCGGACUUUUGGGUGUCUUACUGGACUAAUAAAGAAGAAUCGGGAUUCAUUGUCGACACGACAGGUUUUGAAAAAGUGUCUACAAAUUCGACAGGUCUGUUGCCAGUAAAACGUGAGGUACUUUUGGAAAAUUCCACGCAGUCGUAUUCCAGUUUUGCAGAUCUCUCAACUGAUCGCCCAGUAUUCGAUAUUUAUAACAUUGUAGUAGGCUCUAGAGAGUAUUACAUUUUAGUAUAUACCGCAUUUAUACUAGCAUCCAUCAUUCUAACCCCACUUAGCAGGAAUGUCUGCUACCUUAUAUUUAUGAACGCUUCCAAAGCACUUCAUAACCAGAUGUUCAAUAACAUCCUCCAGGCUAGUAUGAGGUUCUUUGACACAAAUCCUUCAGGAAGAAUCCUGAAUAGGUUUUCCAAAGAUAUGGGUACAAUAGAUGAAGUGUUACCUCGUUCAGCUUUGGAGGCCAUACAAGUGUUUCUAGUGAUGGGUGGCAUUUUGGCAAUGGUGUUUUUAUUAUCACCUUGGAUGAUCAUCCCCGCUAUUUUGCUGGGUGUCUUGUUUUACUAUUUUGAGGUCAUUUAUGUGACUGGUGCCCAAGGCGUUAAACGGUUAGAAGGAGUCACUCGAGCUCCAGUUUUCUCUCACAUAUCAGCUUCCCUGUAUGGAUUACCUACCAUAAGAUCAUGUGGCGCUGAACAAAUAAUCGUAAAGGAGUUUGAUGCCCUGCAAGAUCAACAUACGAGUACCUGUUGUGUAAUGAUAGUUUCCAGUGAAACAUUUGGAUUCUAUUUAGAUAUUAUAAGCUUGGUUUUUUUGUCAUUUGUCACGUUCCAGUUCCUCAUAUUUACAGACGAACACACAGCAAGUGCGACUGUUGGGCUGAUCAUAUCGCAGGCCAUGGUGCUGACUGGCAUGCUGCAGAUUGGAGCUCGACAGACUGCCGAGGUUGCUGCAAAUAUGAUAAGUGUUGAAAGGGUGUUGCAGUAUUGUAAGUUGGAGAAAGAGGGACCCUUUGAAUCUCUUCCAACAGAAAAACCUCCAAGGGAUUGGCCUCAGGCUGGCAAAAUCACUUUCAAGAAUAUGUACCUUCAGUACGACCCACUAGAAGCUCCAGUUUUAAGAAACUUGAAUAUUGAGAUUAGAGCAGGGGAAAAAGUUGGCAUAGUUGGUAGAACUGGAGCUGGAAAGUCCAGUCUGAUAGCAGCGUUAUUUAGGCUUGCGCCUAUUGAAGGAACUAUUGCCAUCGAUGAGGUCGACGUAUCCAAUAUAGGACUGAACGAUUUGAGGUCAAAUAUCUCUAUCAUUCCUCAAGAACCAGUACUGUUUUCUGCUACAGUCAGAUACAAUCUAGAUCCGUUUGGAAAAGCUAGCGAUGAAGCUUUGUGGAGUGCAUUGGAUAAAGUGGAACUGAAAAGUGCCGUAGAAAGUCUAGACCAGAAAGUGAGUGAAGGAGGUUCCAAUUUCAGUGCUGGCCAAAGACAGCUGGUAUGCCUAGCAAGGGCAAUAAUAAGGAACAAUAAGGUUUUGGUCAUGGACGAAGCUACCGCCAAUGUCGAUGUAGUAACGGAUUCCUUAAUACAAAAAACCAUCCGAAAGAACUUCAGGGACUGCACAGUCCUCACGAUCGCUCACAGAUUGAAUACUAUCAUGGAUUCUGAUAAAGUGCUGGUAAUGGAUGCUGGACAAGCUGUAGAAUUUGCUCACCCUCACGAACUCUUACAAAAUCCUGGCGGGUAUUUCACUAAGAUGGUGAAAGAGACGGGGAUAACCAUGGAAACGUCACUGAGGAAAAUCGCCCGGGAAGAUUUCGAAGCAAAAUUUUAAAGAGAAAAUAUUUAUUUUUGAGAUUAAAAUAAAAUCAAUUUAUAUUCUUUUAACAGUAUAAGUUUAUUGUUAUUGUUAUAGAGUGGGAUAGUAUAUGUACUGAAUAUAUUUUUUAUUUUAAAUUA